AUGGCUCCUCCAUCUGCAGAAGUUGAUUUGCAUUCUGAAUCUUCCCCUGCCAUUUUGCUCAAGAAGACCUCCAACUCUUCGCGCUUGGCUGGGCCACUGACAUAUUCCGGGAGUCUCGACUCUUAUGAACACUUUGAUGUCACAUCGGUCAUUGGCAGAGAGUUUCCAGGCCUGCAACUCAUUGAUAUCCUGGGUGAUGACAACAAAAUCCGCGAUUUGGCAAUUCUAGUGUCUCAACGUGGCGUUGUAUUCUUUCGUGACCAGCAGAUCGGCAUCGAUGAUCAAAAGAUCCUUGGUCAGAAACUUGGCGAGUUGACCGGGAAGCCGCUCACAUCCGGCCUCCACAGACAUGCGCUGUCCAACAGCAAGCGAGGCAUCGCUGUUGACGAAAACGGGAAACUCGACGAUGAGGUAUCAGUAAUUUCGUCCGAGCAGAAUCGCAAAUUCUACAACGACCGAUACACGGCAAAGUCCAAAAAGUUGGGAAGUCUGGGCUGGCAUGCCGACAUCACGUUUGAACGUAUACCUUCUGAUUAUGCCAUCCUCAAGAUUGUGCAGACGCCCGAGGAUGCAGGCGGUGACACGCUGUGGGCUUCGGGCUACGAGGCCUACGAUCGGCUGUCCCCGGCGUUCCAGAGGCUCGCGGAAAGCAUAACGGCAACCCAUUACCAGCCAGCUUUCAAUGAGGUCAAGGAAAAGUUUGGUGAAGAUCUGAUUGACGAGUUCCGUGGGGCACCUGAGAAUACCGGGCUCGACUUUCAAGCGGAGCACCCCGUCAUUCGGACUAAUCCAGUCACUGGCUGGAAGAGUCUCUUUGGCGCGGGUCACCAGGUACAUGCCGGUUGGUACAACGGCGUGACGGAGCGAGAGAGUGAAAUCUUGAAGGAUUACUUCAAUCAGAUAAUCUUUGAAAACCAUGAUCUCCAGGUUCGCUUCCGCUGGAACAAGAAUGACCUCGCCAUAUGGGAUAAUCGAUCCGUUUUCCACACAGCCACAAACGGGAAGCGCCGGGGAAAUCGAGUUGUGUCGCUUGGAGAGAAGCCGUACUUUGAUCCUAACUCGGUUUCGCGCCGGGAGGCUCUCGAGAAGAACGGCUCAUAA